AGAAGGAUAUCUUCGUGCGAGUCGUGAUCUGUGUUCUAGGGUCCCAACCGGGGUAAACUGGUGGUGUAGAAUGAUAAUACUGCGCGUGAAAAUCCGAACAACUAGAGCAGAGCAAGAGGGUGCGAUAUCCGAGAGCUGUUGUCGCGGAGGUCCUCCGCACGAGUAGCGCGUGAGAAGGGUGAUCUCGUGUGCGUGUAAGCACAGGGGGGACAUAUUCUGUGUACAGUAGAUCGCAACGCGUUUCGCACGUUUGGCGGCAUAUUUCGAUUCCGAACCGGUGACGGUUUACAGUAUAUAAGCGACUAGAGGGCUAGGCCGAGCCAUCAGUAGUAAUUUUAGGUCGCUCUACGCUAAUGUAGAGCGUUUUUUUUGUGCGUUUAUUUCGAGUAUCCUGUUUCGGGUUCUAACCGGGAGUUCUGUCUGUGUUCUAUUUUUCGUGCGUGCGUAUCGGUCCAAUAUUCUGCUGAAAUUUUGGUGAUUUACAAAAAACUUCAGAAUGAAGUUUUUCGCUGCAAUCUUGAUUGUGGCUUUAGCAGCACCUAGUUUAGGGAACCCUGCCCCAGACUGUCCGCCCGGUGGGCAUGGUGGUUACUCUUACCCAGCACCAGAAGUACAACUAUCAGUAGGCAAAGCAAUCAAUUCGGUUAGUGUCACCCCAGGAUUUUCGUCAUAUUCGGUUGAUGGCGCUGUCAAAUAUGCAUCCGUUGGUCCUUCGUACAGUUCGUACGAAGCAUCCCCAGCCUACUCUGCAUAUGGAAGUGAUUCCGGACUGAAACUUUCCAGUUAUGUUCCAGCUGUGAAAACCAUCUCGGCAACUCCUGGAAUUGUGUACGCGGGUAAAUCACCAGCCGCUUCAUUUGCUUCAGUAUUACCAGCGACAAAAUUAGUAUCGGCUGCACCUGCUUAUGUUUCCAAGGAAUAUUUACCGCCUGUAAAAACCGUGGUAUCCACGGGUCCAGCUUAUUCAUCGUACGAUGCUAGUCCAGCUAUUUCAGCAUACUCUGCAACGCCCGCCGUUUCUUCUUAUAUUUCUACACCAGCAGUUGGCAAGUUCGUGAGUUCUCCAGCCUACAGUUUUGCCGCACCCGUUGCUAAAGUUGCGUACGCUACUCCUGCCGUAAGUUACGCUAAGGUUGCUGCUCCUGCUGUUUCUUAUGGUGCCUAUGCUCCAGCUGCUAAAGUGGCAUAUUCAGCUCCAUCCGUUUCGUAUGCCUCGUACGCUCCGGCUGCCAAAGUGGCGACUUAUUCUGCACCAGCUUCUUACGCCUCUUAUGUUCCAGCUGCAAAGGUAGCAACUUAUGCCGCUCCCGCAGUGUCCUAUGCCUCAUACGCUCCUGCUACUAAGGUGGCCAGCUACGCCGCACCGGCUGCUUACGCCUCAUAUGUUCCAACUGCAAAGGUAGCAACUUAUGCUGCUCCCGCCGUUUCUUACGCAUCCUACGCCCCAGCUACCAAAGUGGCAAGUUACGCAGCUCCAGCUACUUACGCAUCAUAUGUUCCUGCAGCCAAGAUAGCGACUUAUGCCGCACCCUCUGUAAGUUACGCAUCGCCAGUCGCUAAGGUCGCUGUAGCUGCACCAGCGUAUGCGUCAUACGCUCCAGCUGCAAAAGUUGCCACAUACGCUGCCCCAGCUGCCUACGCGUCAUACGCUCCGAUAUCGAAAGUAGCAACCUACGCUGCACCAGCUAGUUAUGCUUCGUACGCUCCUGCAGCGAAAGUAGCUUAUGCGGCUCCAGCAUCGUAUGCAACAUCUUAUGCCACCAGCUCUAAAGUCGCCUAUGCAGCUCCAGUCGCGAAAGUUGCCGCGUACGCUGCCCCGGCAGCUUAUGCUUCGUAUGCACCUGCAGCAAAGGUUGCAUACGCUGCUCCAGCCGUCUCCUAUGCUGCCGCUACUCCUGCCAUAUCAAAAUAUGUUUCUACGCCUGCAGUGUCUUCAUAUUACUCAACGCCAGGUCUCUCUAAAUAUACUGCCGGACCGGCAAUUUCCAGCUCUUAUGUCUCAGCACCAUACUCAGCGCACGCAUAUACACCAGCUGUUUCAAAAUACGUAUCUGGUCCUGCCAUUUCCUCGUACUCAGCUACACCGGCUGUAUCGUCCUAUUACUCUGCUCCUGCCAUAUCAAAAGUGGUAUCCAGUCCUGCGUAUUCUUCAUAUGUGUCAGCUCCCGCCAUUGCCAAGGUGGCUGCAAUUCCGGCUGUUUCGACAUCGUACGUGGCACCCGCUGUAUCAUCUGCUUAUGUCGCGCCAGCUAUUUCUAAAAUUUCAGCAGCGCCAGCAAUCUCUACUGCCUAUGUAUCCGGACCGGCUGCUGGAGGAUACCUGUCAGGUCCGUCAUAUGCCGGAUAUAGUUCUGGUCCAGCCAUUUCCAAGUAUUCCGUAGCUCCAGCCGUUUCUAGUUACAGUUCCGGGGCUGCUUUUUCAAAACUGGUGUCAGGACCGGCAUAUUCCAGCUACCACAGUACUCCGGCCAUUUCGAAGGUGAUUUCCACCCCAGCAGUAGCUGCGUACAGUGCUGGUCCAGCAUAUUCAGCCUACUCGGUUGCACCCACAGUAGCUAAGUACGCUACCUCCCCCGCUAUCGCCACCUAUGCAUCCUCCGGUGCUAGUCACGGAUACUAUGGAGGAUCGGAUUUCUCUUCUGCACACUAUGGAGGAAUUCGCUAUGCUUCAGCUGUUCCAGCAAUUUCUACUAGCUAUGCGGCUGCACCAGUUGCUACUAUCGUGAAGUCUGCAGUUCCAGCUACCAUUGUGAAGACAGUUGCAGAGAAGCAUCUCGAAUACUACGAUGAUCAUCCACGGUAUGCGUUCGAAUACGGAGUCAAUGAUCCGCUAACAGGAGAUCACAAGCACCAAAAGGAGGAACGCGAUGGCGAUGUUGUGCGGGGUCAGUACUCUUUGGUCGAACCAGAUGGUAAUGUGCGCACGGUUGACUACUACGCCGAUUGGGCUACCGGUUUCCACGCCACCGUGACCAACAGUAGGGACCAGGUCCAUGCGACUAAAGUACUAGGAAAACGUGCCGUUGUUAAAGCGUAAAACUUCAGGCGAAAACUUUCUGCCGCCUAAUUGACCCACGACGAAACUGUGUAUAAAUGUUUUUAGUUGUUAGAUUGUAAGUAAUGAAGAAAAGAACCCACGCAAAUUAUUUAUUGAUCAAAGCAAAACGCCAGCUACAGCGAGAGAGGAAGCUUUUAAACGAGCCAUUUGUUUAAAUAUUUGUUGUUUUUAGCCUCGAUCUUCCAUUUGUUCCGUUCCGUCCUGUAUUUCUUGUAUAUACUAAUUUUAAUCAAACAUUAAGCAUCACUAAAACUAAUUCAAUGCCAUUACCCUUUCUUAUUAUUUUUCACUUUCCUGUUAUCCUUCAUUCUGUCAAAAUCUAUGGUUUUAAAGAGAAAUGCCAGCAACUGUAAGAGAUAUUAAGCAUUUGACUCAUUAAAAGGAAAACGCAUGAUUUCAAUGUGAUAAACGUGUCAUAAAAUAUUAUUUGUAUUUGUCUAAAAGAAAGAAAAUUAAUAAAAAUAUGAAAAAUA